AUGAAGGUCACUCUGUGCCUGGCCGUGAUGGCCGUGCUGCUGGCCGCAGCUCAGGCCUUUGAGCGCGUGAAGCUUCCCGUGGAGCUGAACGGCCUCGAGCCCGUAAUCUCAAACAAGACCAUGAACUUCCACUACAACCGGCGGCACCGCAAGGGGGCUGCGGAAGCCGGGCGGGCCGCGUUUGUCGCGCUGCUGCUGAGCCACGCCGCCGCCGCGCAGCCGCGGGCGCGGGCGGCGGCCACUGCCGCACCCGGGCCGCACUACGCCACCUUCAUCACCAACCUGAAUGCGCUGAACAACACCAAGCAGAGCCUCACCGUCGCCAUCAAGGCCGUGGGCAAGACCACCCCCAUCAACAACGUCAUCCGCAACUCCGGCGGCGGCGCCUGGAACCACGCGAUCAAGAAGGCCUUCCCCAACGGCGGCUUCGAGGCGCUCAAGAAGAACGUGUCCGACGCCGCCGUCGGCGUCUUCGGCUCCGGCUGGGCGUGGCUCGGCGUCCUCCCCGGCGGCGGCCUGGCCGUGACGACGACUGCCAACCAGGACAACCCCCUGAUGGGCACCGCGGUGACCAAGGCGCUCGACGUCAUCCCCAUCCUCGGCAUUGACGUCUGGGAGCACGCCUACUACGUCGACCAGGGCCCCGCUCGCAAGACCUACGUCGACGCCUACUGGAGCGUCCUGAGCUGGCCCCAGGUCAGCAAGAACUACGCCUCGGCCGUUGCCGGCAAGGUGGAGGAGAUCGCGGCCUAG